ACUCAAUGUGAAAAAGAAAAACUUUCAUUACCCAAGUUUCGUUUACCCCCAAAGGUAAAAUCAUCAGCACGUUGCGAUCCUCAAUAACUCUGGACUCCCUCGAAACCCUACUUCAACCGUCUUGUUUAGCCCUCAUACAACCAAAUUGAAAAUCUUUGAAGAACAAAUAUGUGGAGAUCCAUUGCAGCAAGAUCUUCCUUUACCAGAAGUUUUAUUCGAAAGUUUUGUUCUUUCCAAAACCCAUCUUCUCAGGUAAUCAAUAAACCCUUUAGUUCACAUUAUUUAUCAUUGCAAAACCCCAGGAAAUUUCAUCAUCAAAAUUACAGGUUUUUCUCUCAAUUCUCAUCUAUAAGCGAAUUUGAAACUGAGAACCAUGAUGCCAUUUCUUCUGAGGAAGUGGAAGCGGAAACUAGUGAGGUUUUUAGUGAUACCCAUGAUGAUAAUUCUUCCUUAGAGCCUGAAAAUGAAGAUAAUGAUGAAACCCAGAUGAGUCAUUUGAAUUUAAAUGAUCAAGAAUUAGAAGGGAUUGAUGAUGAGAAAUUUGAAAACGUGAGAAACCUGAUUCAAAGUAGUGUAGAUGGGUCAUUAGAGUCUAGUCUUAAUGAUUUAGAUUUGAGAUUGACGGAGGAGUUUGUGAUGAAACUGCUUAAAACUCCAUUUGUUAAUGGGGAUACUUUGAAUAGGUUUUUCAAAUGGGUUUUGAGUAGAAAUGAUUUUCAAGUUACUACCUUAGUUUUAAGUGAAUUUGUAUGUGCUAUAUGUAAUGAUCCUGGACUUAAAAGGAAUGAUCUUUAUGCUUUGUGGGAUAUUAUAAAAGAAUUUGGUGAGAAAGAGAGUGGAUUUCUUAAUGCCAAUAUACUCAAUCAAUUGAUUUCGGCGUUGUCGAAAAUGGGGAAGGGAAAGGCUGCAUUGGAGGUGUUUGAGAAGUUUGAGGAAUUUGGGUGUGUCCCAAAUGUGGAUACUUAUUAUGUUACUAUUGAAGCACUUUGUAAGAGAUCCUUCUUUGAUUGGGCUACACCUGUUUGCCAGAAAAUGGUUGAUUCUGGGAUGAUUCCUGAUAGUGAUAAGGUUGGUGAGAUCAUAUCUUACUAUUGCAAAGAUUAUAGGGCUCAAGACGCUUUUGUUGUUUAUCUUGCUGCCAAAAAGAAAAAUAUACAUCCUCCUCAGAAAGCUGUAAAUUUUUUGAUAAGUUGUUUAUCUAAGGUGGAUGAAACUGUGUAUGUAGCACAAGAAAUGCUGCUUGAUUUUUCUGAUGAAGUUCGUAAGCAUUCGAUCAACCCGUUUACAUGGGUCGUUCGUGGUUUGUGUAGGAUAAAGGACAUUGAGGUUGCUAAGAAGUUGUUUGCUGAGAUGAUAGAGAAAGGUCCUCUUCCUGGGAAUGCAGUCUUUAACAUUAUUAUCAAUGCGCUCUCGAAAAACGGAGAUUUGGAAGAUGCCAAGGAUAUGGUGAAUGUAAUGAAGGGUAGGGGACUUAAACCUGAUGUGUAUACUUAUAGUGUCAUAAUCAGUGGUUAUGCAAAGGGUGGUAUGAUGGAAGAAGCUUGCAAAGUAUUGGCAAUGGCUAAAAUGGAACACUCAAAGCUUUGCCCUGCUACAUUCCACUCGCUCAUUCGAGGGUAUUGCAACCUUGGAGACUUUGACAAGGCAUUGAAUCUUAUGACCCAGAUGAAGGACUAUGGAGUUGAACCAAAUGUAGAUGAGUAUAAUAAGUUAAUUCAAUCACUUUGUUUGAAGUCUUUGGAUUGGAAAACAGCAGAAAGGCUACUAAAAGAAAUGAAAAGUAAAGGCUUGCAUCUUCCUGGUAUAACCCGAGGUCUUAUUAGUGCGGUUAAAGAGUUGGAGCAAGAAGUAAAAGAGCAAGAGGCAAUUGGGUUGGAAGAAGCGCUUUCUAAAGCAUAGUAGACAUUCAUGAAGUGACGGAAGCUGUGGUUGUUUCUUUUUUUGUGGUAAUCUUUCUAUUCGUUUGUUCCCAUGUAGUGAUCAAAUUUUGGAAAUUCUAGUAUAAUUCUGAAUGUCAUCAAUCUUAGCUUUGUUGAUUGAAUAGCAUAAAAAUGUUAUUUUACAUUUCAUUUGGUUGAUUGUGCAACAUCUUUUGGGGUUGCUGGAUUUGUUAGGAACUUAGCUUAUGCACUUAUGUGUAAAAUGUUGACAUAAAAACAUCUAUAAGAAACAUUUCUAUUGCCAUUGAGCAGAAUAUUGAGUGUACUUUUAGUGUAA